UCACGUGCUACACGGAUGCGGAAGUGCGAAACCGAUUUGUCUUGCAAAACAAAUAGCUAUGCAGCUUUCACCAACAGCCUAGAUUCUUCUCAAUCUAAGUUUUUUUGUGCGGUUUAACAAGUGAACAAAACACAUGGUCAGAAUGACACAGAAGCACUGCCUGGAGGGCCAGGUGUACUCGGUGCCUCUCAUCCAGCCAGACCUGAGGCGAGAGGAGGCUGUUCAUCAAAUUGCAGAUGCAUUGCUCUACUUGGAGGCCAUUUCUACUGACAUUUUCAAAAGGGUUUCAGAGAAUGUGGAGAAGAAUCGUCGCCAGCUUCAGAGCGUCUCUGACCGGAUCAGACUAGCUCAGGCCCGUGUUGACAAGAUUAAAGGCAGCAAGAAGGCCACCAAGGUGUUCUCCAGUGCCAAGUACCCAGCUCCAGAUCGGCUUCAGGACUAUUCAUCUAUCUUUACUGGAGCCGCAGACCCCUCCUCCCAAACCUGCCCACGACACAGACUACAGCAUAAACUUCGUCCAUUUGAUGAAAGGGCCUUGCAGGAUAAGUUAAUGUAUUUCCCAGUGUGUGUGAGUAAGAAGAAGAAGUCUGAGGAUGAGACAGAAGAAGGAUUGGGCAGUUUGCCCCGAAACAUCUCAUCUGUCAGCUCUCUGUUGCUUUUUAAUACCACAGAGAAUCUAUAUAAGAAGUAUGUGUUCCUUGAUCCUUUAGCAGGAGCAGUGACUAAAACACACACAACACUAGAGACAGAAAAAGAGGAGAAACCAUUUGAUGCUCCUUUAUCCAUCACAAAGAGAGAGCAACUGGAGAGACAGACAGCAGAGAGUUAUUUCUAUGUGCCAGACCUGGGUCAGGUUCCUGAGAUAGAUGUGCCGUCCUACCUGCCCGACCUGCCCGGUAUCGCAGAUGACCUGUCGUACAGCGCAGACCUGGGGCCUGGAUUCGCCCCAUCAGGACCCACACACAAUAUCCCUGAGCUGCCCUCCUUCUCUGAGGAGAGCAGUGCAUCAGAAACUCAACUUCAGCCGAAUUCUCCUCCACCUCCCCCCCCUCCCCCUCCACCGCCUGAGCCUGCACUUAUUCCUGCUGCUCCUGCAGGAGCUCCCCCUCCUCCACCCCCACCACCGCCUCCUCCCGCUCAGAGCUUCACAGAAGUGGCCCAAGCUCCAAGUUCAGGCCCAGUGGCUGGUGCUCCAAGCGAGGUGGUUCAGCCGUCAGACGGCCGUGCCAGUCUGCUGGAGUCUAUCCGCAAUGCCGGGGGCAUCGGCAAAGCCAAGUUACGCAAUGUGAAAGAACGGAAGAUGGAGAAGAAGAAACAAAAGGAGCAAGAGCAAGCGGUCGGAGUGGCAUCCAGUGGUGGAGACUUUAUGUCAGAUCUCUUCAAUAAACUUGCCAUGCGCAGAAAAGGCAUAUCGGGGAAGGGCCCAGCAGGUGGGGAGUCGGGUGAUGCUCCCACUGGUACUGGUGGCGCCUUUGCCAGGAUGUCAGAUGUCAUCCCACCGCUUCCUGCUCCACAGCCGAUGACAGACGAUGACGACUGGGAAGCAUAACGUAAUAAAUAAUAAAAGGCACUCAUAGUAAAAGCA